AUGGGCGUGUUUAUUGCAACUGACUCGACAUCAACUUUCUUCGGCUCCCUCCACUACCAAAUCGAUGACGAUCAAGACCAUGACCAUGACCAUGACCACAACGGCCUGAGGAGCAUCGACUCACAACGUAUUGAACUCGAGAAGUCUGCGGCAGUCAAUCCGGAAGAGAUCUCUCCUGUUGCGGGAGACGAGAAACUGGCAUUUGUCGGUGACGACGACGCGGGUCAGCCGAAUAUCGCAGAAGAGAGCGUCGCGAACUAA